UGUUUAUAUUAUAAACUACGUACAUGUUUUCUCUUCAGUUCCCCCUAGAAUUCUGUGGAUUUCUCCCAGUCAAACAGCCGAACUUGGCAAAGAAGUAACUUUGGUAUGCACAGUAACUGGUCGGCCCACACCGCGUGUUGUGUGGAAGAAAAAUGGCAUUGUUCUUCAAGACAGUGUGUCUACUGGUAACAUCACUCUCGUCAACAUCUCCUCUGUAGAUGGUGGAAGCUAUGAGUGUUCGGCGAUUAAUAUUGUGGCAAAUGACACGAGAAUGACGCAGCUCAACGUUAUAGGAUUCCCGAGGGACACCGCCAUCAGUACCAACGUCUCUGCUAAUGUAGCCGCUCUCGGUGAAGCUGUUACAAUACGGUGUUCUUCUCUUGGCUACCCCAAACCAAUUUGUCGAAUUUACCAUGAGGGUGCCUUGGUUAACGUCAAUGACAGUCUUUAUGAUAUUCGAAACUUCACAGCGGCAGAUCAAGGGGAAUACACUUGUAACUGCUCCAAUACUGCGGCUUCAGAGGAGGUCAAUGUCACUGUUGUUCUUUAUGAGUCUCCAAAUAUCCAUUCCAUUUUUCCUGCCCAUCAACUGGCCAAUGAAACAGACACUUUUGAGAUUUUCUGUAAUGCGACGGGAAAUCCACCUCCUGUGGUAACAUGGACAAAGAUUGGCGACAACAACAAAGUCUACCCCACAGGAAAAUCACUGAGAGUGCAAAAUGCUGAGAAAUCAGACUUUGGAACCUACCAGUGCACGGCUGAGAGUGUGCGCGGCGAGAAUAUUUCCGCUGUAGCUACAGCUGAGAUUGACAACUUUUCACCAACGAUCGACUACAGUCCACAAAAUAUCACCAUUUUGGAAAAAGACAAAAGGAAUGUUACAUUGUACUGCAAUGCCACAGGCAGACCAAGAGUUCAGCUGUCCUGGGUUAGAGUUAGAGACGGCAACACAGUGGCUUUCGGAAAUACUCUUAAGAUCUUGACAGCUGACCGGUCACAUCGCGGGGAAUACAGAUGUGUUGCUGAUAAUGGAGUUGGAAAUCCGAUAUCUACAUCAGUAUAUAUUGAUGUUCUUUAUAAUCCAUCAUCCACUAGAUUAUUUACCGAUAAAGUGAAUGCCGCAGUCAGUGGGAACGGUCGCAUUGCACUGUCUUGUGUGACUGACGCAAACCCGCGGCCCAGCCAAUACCAGUUUUAUCGUGACGGUGUCUACCUUAGAACCAGUCUUACCGGAAUACACGUGAUCCAGAAAGCCAGAUACUAUGAUGCGGGCACGUAUCUGUGUGUGCCACUCAACAGUCUUGGGGUUGGCACUAACAGUUCUGUCCAAGUUUUUGUCAAUGGUCCUUUCUCUAUCAUUCACUUUCCACGAAACAUGACAGUGAACGAAAGUGCAAGUGUGUCAUUUUUCUGUAAUGGUACCUCUUAUUAUCCAUAUGAGAGUCUUGUACCUCAAAUCUCCUGGACUAAGCUUGGAGACAGCAACAAAGUGUUUCCAUCAGGUCAAAAGCUUGUUCUACAGAAUGUGAGUCGACAUGAUACAGGAACGUACGUGUGUGAAGCUAAGAAUGGAGUUGGGCUGCCUGAUACUGCUACUGCUGUUCUGAACGUGUUACAUAAGCCAUAUGACACCAAACUAGAGGCAUCAAUACCGGAUAACGUCGGAGUGUUAAACUUGUCAAUUAUCCUGACUUGCAGCGCAAAUGCUAACCCACCUGUUACUGCGUAUAACAUUUACCACAAUGGUAUCCUAGUGUCUAAUGCAUCCACUGGUGCCCAUAACAUCACACGCGCACUAGCAGAGCAUAAUGGAUCAUACGUGUGUGUACCUUACAACGAUUUUGGGCCUGGAGAAAGAGCCGCCCUGAACGUCACAUUUGUAGGUCCUUGUGGUGUUAAACGUGUGUAUCAUUCAUGGUCGCCUCAGAUCGUAGCAGGGGAGUACGCUAAAUCUGGGGAGUGGCCAUGGCAGGUACAGUUGGGAUACUUUGACAUCAGCGAGAGUAUCCCUCACAUCUGUGGUGCCUCCAUCUUGGAUCAUUACUGGAUUGUCACUGCUGCACACUGUGUAAAAAGUCCAUUCAAAGAAAGGCCUGCAGCUAACUUCAAUGUCACUGUUGGUAAGUACAUAAGAUUUUUUGUCCACAAAUGGGACAUUUGA